AUGGCAAAAGUUAUCAGGGGCCCAACCGCGAUUCGAACGCGGGGCCUCGCCCAUUCAAGCUACGCUGAAGGUGGCGGCUAUUUGAGCUCAGCCCAACAAGCCCAGCGCACUGAUUUCAUUUCCCGCCAUCACAUUGCCUGCCAGGAUGACGUCGAUUAUCUUCCGUCAACCAUCGCUCAUCGCCGAGGGGAGUCCAGGAACAUCAACGCUCUGCUAUGCUCACCAUCGUCAAUUGCCAUUUUCCUCUUGACCAAGCCUGUACAGGUUCAAAAACCACGCGACCACGUCCGUCUCGUACUGCCGCAACACCUAACCCACCGCCAAACCUUUCCCUUCAUGCAAGUGUCGGCCAACCUGCAAACCAACCUUACCGAUCCCGACUAUUCCCAACUGGCGGAACCCCCCACCAACACCAUUGACCAUACAUGA